GACUUACCAUUAGGAAUCUUAUGAUUUGUUGAAAUAAAUAACUUGGUAUAUAUAGGGCUUAUGGUCUCUAUAACAAUUUGUUUGUACCGGUGUGACGACAUUUAUUAAAAUUGGUUAUUCAAGAUGGUUCAAUCAUACAAUUUAAUCGAGAAGAUACUUAAAGAGCAUGUUCUUGGUGAUUCAGAAAUCGUACCAGGGAAUAUGGUAUGUGUUAAGGUGGAUUGGACAGCUGCGCUGGAAUUAAGUUGGGCGGGUCUAUAUGGUAUUUAUAAUAAACUUGGUAAACCGGGAGUAUUUAGAAAUGAUAGAGUUUGGUUAGCUGCUGAUCAUAUUGUGGAUCCUCGUAUCAAUCAUUUAGAGAAGCCUCAAAUGUUAAUUAAAUUAGCUGAAGCAGGUGCAAAAGAGUUGAAUAUAAUUGAUUAUCAACCUCCAAAUACAACUAUCAUGCAUACUGAAUUCUAUAGAGAAAGAGCUCAACCUGGUAUGUUAAUCAUUGGUGCCGAUUCCCAUACAUGUUCAAGUGGAGCUUUGGGUACAUUGGCAGUUGGACUCGGAACUUCGGAUGUUGUAUUUCCAUUAAUUACUGGUGAAACUUAUUUUCAGGUUCCGGAAACUUUAAGAAUUAAUAUAGUUGGUAAACCAGAGUUUGGUAUAGGUGGUAAGGAUACAAUUCUUCAUAUUCUUAAAGAAUUCAAAAGAAACACAAUUGCCUCAAAUAGAGCAGUUGAAUAUGGUGGAGAUGGUGUUCGCUAUCUUUCUUGUGAUGCAAGAUUUGCUAUUUCCAAUAUGUCUACUGAAUUUGGAGCUUUGGCUGGUGUAUUUGUUCCUGAUCAACAAACAUCUGCUUUUAUAAACCGAAGAAAUAAUCCAAUUUACAAACAGGAAUCCUUAUACUUUCGUCCAGACGAAAAUGCAAAAUAUGCAGAAAUAAGAGAGAUUGAUUUAAGUAGUAUCGUUCCAUAUAUUGCUUUAUAUCCAUCACCUGAUAAUGUAGUAACAGUCGAAGAAAAGCUUGGUAUGGAACUUGAUGGAUGCUUUAUUGGAGCUUGUACUACUGCCGAAGAAGAUUUAAUUCUCGGUGCAUUGGUUUUGAAAGCUGGUUUAGAAAGUGGCUCGGUUGUUUCUCAAAAGGGUAAAAGAAAAGUAACCCCUGGUUCAUUGGUUCUUAUCUCUAGAUUAAAAUCAUUUGGAUUGCUUGAAUGGUAUGAAAAGGCUGGAUUUACAGUCGGUGCUCCAGGAUGUAGUUAUUGUGUUGGUAUGGGGGCUGAUCAAGCAGGGGCUGGUGAAGUCUGGUUAUCUUCUCAAAAUAGAAACUUUGAGAAUAGAAUGGGUAAAGGCUCCUUUGGAAAUCUUGCAUCCUCAGUAACUGUUGCAGCUUCUUCUUUUGAUAUGAAAUUGACUGAUCCAAGAGAAUUACUUUCUAAAGUAGAUCAAGAGGAAUAUAAUAGGCUCAGAUUGUAUUGGUCAGAACCUCAAGAAUCUGUUAUGUAUACUGAACCAAAAGAUGCACCCAUUCUUGAAAAUAAAAAGUUGAAUAGAUUAGAAACUUAUAAAGAAGAACUUUCAGAAUUACCAUCCGUCAUUUGUUCCAAAGUGCAAAGAUUUGGUGAUGAUGUUGAUACUGAUGCCAUUAUUCCAAUUGAUAAAAUGGGAAAGGAAGACUUACCUACCAGUGCAUUUGCCUAUGUUCGUCCUGAAUUUGUCUCUAAAGUAAAAGAAGGUGCUGCUAUCAUUGUUGCUGGCAGAGGGUUUGGGAGUGGAUCGUCUAGAGAAACUGCUCCUGAAGCUCUUAAACUUUGUGGUGUACAAGCAGUUAUUGCUAAAUCUUUUGCUUAUAUUUACAAUAGAAACCAAGCAAAUAUUUCAUUAUUUGGAAUUAAAGUAACUGAUGAAAGAUUUUAUGAAGCUGCUCAAGAAGGUUCUACUGUAGAAAUUUUGGUUAAAGAAAGAAAAGUUCAAGUUAAUGGAGUCAAAUAUAAUUUUCAACUUGAUGCAUUAGAACUCAGACUUCAAUCUAGUGGAGGAAUCAUGAAAAGAUUCAAGAGAGAUGGUAAAGAUGUAUUUAGAAAUUUGCAAGCUGAAGUAUGUGCUAUGUCCCAACCAAGUAGUAAUAUAAUUGAUACGUCCUCUUCUUGUGGAGGUGCAAAUGCAUCUACACUUGCAUGGUAAAUCUACACUUUUGAAAUCAUCAUAAUUAUAUACACUGUUUAGUAGUUAAAUACACUGUUUAGUAGUUAAAUACACUGUUUAGUAGUUAAAUA